CCAUCAUGGCGGCGGGAGCGCGGCUGCACGGGCCCGUGGCUCCGCAGGGUGGCUGCCGUUGCUACUGUUGAGAGGCGGCGGCGCAGACGGAGCGGGAAGGAUGAUGGUUCUGCGGCCGGAGCGGCAGGUGCGGACCGGGAACGAAGCAGAGGUUUGGCCGAACAGACUUUUGUCCCGAAGCAGCCGGCACGGGUGUCGCUGAGGCAGCCCGGAGGACGGACAGACGAACGGACUGACUGACUGCCUGGAGGCGGCGACCUCAGAGCGGGCCCGGGGGCACCGCGCGGCGAACGAGAUGCCCGGGCCGCCGCCGCCGGUGCUGCUGCUCCUGCUGCUGCUGACUGUCGGCAAUGCCGGGGCUGUGCCACUUCCGCAAACAGGUGCAGGGGAGGCACCUGCUGCAGAAGUUCCUGCCUUGUUUGUGAUCCUGUCGGUGUGCAGUUUAAUAAUACUAAUAGUAUUAAUUGCAAACUGUGUUUCCUGCUGUAAGGAUCCAGAAAUAGACUUUAAGGAAUUUGAAGACAACUUUGAUGAUGAGAUAGACUUCACCCCACCAGCAGAAGACACCCCAUCUGUCCAGUCCCCUGCCGAGGUCUUCACACUGUCGGUACCCAGCAUUUCACUCCCAGCUCCAUCCCAGUUCCAGUCUUCCGUGGAAGGUUUGAAGUCUCAAGUUGCCCGCCACAGUCUAAACUAUAUACAAGAGAUUGGAAGUGGCUGGUUUGGAAAGGUCCUCCUGGGAGAGAUUUACACAGGCAGCAGCGUAGCCAGAGUCAUAGUGAAGGAGUUAAAAGCCAGCGCGAGCCCGAAGGAACAAGAUGGUUUCUUGAAAAAUGGAGAGCCUUACUAUAUACUUCAGCAUCCGAAUAUUCUCCAGUGUGUUGGACAGUGCGUAGAAGCAAUCCCUUACCUUCUGGUGUUCGAGUUCUGCGACUUGGGUGACCUGAAGGCUUACCUGCGCAACGAGCAGGAGCAGGUGCGGGGUGACUCGAAGACCAUGCUGUUGCAGAGGAUGGCGUGUGAGAUCGCUGCGGGGCUGGCGGCCAUGCACAAGCUGCACUUCCUACACAGUGAUCUGGCCCUGCGGAAUUGUUUUCUCACCUCCGAUUUAAACGUCAAAGUGGGUGACUAUGGAAUAGGAUUCAGCAGGUACAAGGAAGACUACAUUGAAACAGAUGACAAAAAACUCUUCCCCCUGAGAUGGACUGCACCAGAAUUAGUGACCAGCUUUCAAGACAGACUCCUGACUGCAGAUCAGACAAAGUACAGUAAUAUCUGGUCGCUGGGCGUGACACUUUGGGAGCUCUUUGAUAAUGCUGCUCAGCCGUAUGCUAACCUUUCCGACCUGGAUGUCCUCAAUCAAGUCAUUAGAGAGAGGGACACAAAGCUCCCAAAACCUGAGCUGGAGCAGCCUUAUUCUGACAGAUGGUAUGAAGUGUUGCAGUUCUGCUGGCUGUCCCCUGACAAGAGGCCAGCUGCAGAGGACGUGCACCGGUUACUCACCUACCUGCGCAUGCAAAGCCAGCGGGAUCCGGAGAUCGACUUUGAACAGCAGUGGACUGCUCUCAAGCCAAGCACCAACAGCAGGGACACGUCAAGUAACGCCGCUUUCCCCAUCCUUGACCACUUUGCCCGGGACCGGCUGGGUCGGGAGAUGGAGGAGGUCCUCACGGUGACAGAGACAAGCCAGGGGCUGAGCUUUGAGUAUGUGUGGGAGGCUGCCAAGCACGACCAUUUUGAUGAGCGAGGCCGGGGCCACCCAGAUGAUGCCUUCUCUUACUCCAGCAUGUUCUUCCCCGUUGAAGUGUUCGAGAGUUCACUUUCAGAGCCUGGGCCUGGCAAACAAGAUGACAGUGGCCAGGAGAUCCCCCUCAGGGCCCCUGGGGUAGUUCCUGUGUUUGAUGCCCACAAGCUCUCAGUGGGAAGUGACUAUUAUAUCCAAUUGGAAGAAAAAAGCAGUAGCAACUUAGAGCUUGAUUACCCACCCUCGCUGCUCACAACUGAAAUGGAUCACCAAGAAAGGGCUGGGGCUGAGGCAUCCCAGCUUAUGGCCCUCAAGAACCUUGAGUUUGAGGAAUCCAGCACAGACGAUUUCUUUCAGAGCUCUGUGGACCCCAAAGAUCUAGGCUCCACCGAGGACUUGCGAGCUGCCAGUGUCCCUGAGAGCCCUUUCAACAAUAUAUUCAGUGAUCUCGACAAAGCCAACAUCCUGCCCAGCCACCAAAAGCUGUUUGACCUAAUGGAGCUAAAUGGAGUUCAGGCUGACUUUAAGCCAGCCACCUUGAGUUCGAGCCUGAGUGACCCCACAGACCACUCCAACAAGGAAAAGCCCAGUAAGCUUUUCGACCAGGACCCUCUUUGCUUAUCAGAAAGUCUUCUGCAUCAAGAUCACUUUGACCCACUGAGUCUUCAAGAGUUGUCAGAGAACUUUGUAUUUCUUCAGGAUAAAAACCUACUGAAAGGUUCCUUGUCUAGCAAAGAGCAAGUGAGUGAUCUUCAAACAGAACUUAAGAAUGCGGGCUUUCGGGAGGCUCUGCUAGCCGCGCCCCAGAGAAACUCUGUAGGUUCUGAACUCCAGGUUGCUGGAAGCGCACCAGACGUCCCUCUGUCACAGGACAGUGUAAGCGGGAAAAGUGAAGGUAUAGGUGUCACGCUUGAGGGUGGCACAUCACCACAGGCCUCCCCGGAAGCGCAGGUACCCCCUACCUCAUUCACAGAAGAAACACCUCUUAGUAGCCCCCAAGAUUCACUUCUGAGGCCAGAAGAAACUAAAUCCUUUACAGAUGUCAGUAUCCCUGAGGACCAUGUCUGCCCAAACCUAACCCCAGGUCCUGUGACUGUCCCUGUUGAAAUUCCCUCCACUGAUGCUAAAACCCACAAUGGGGGUGAUGGGCCCCCAGAUUCUACUUGCCAAAGCGAGGAGGGCUUGAGUCCAACCAAAAGGGACUCUGCUCUUGUGGAUGAUGUUAUUGCUGGUCAGGGGAGCACAGGGAUCAAUCUUCCAGAAUUGAGACAGGAUUUAGAAAAUCAGCCUGUUGCAGAAGACCUCCUAGGUGGUAGCUUGCUUGAAAAACACCUGGAAGCUGUGGAGACUUUAAAUCACCUCAAUUGCAAAGAUGCCCCAAAAGACGCUGGCCUGGCAUCUACCCUCUCCUCUGACUCCACCAGCCAGGACAGCCUCUUAGAAGACAGCCUGUCCACGCCCAUUCCUGCCUCAGAGCAGUCUGUGGAGACCCCCGACUCCCUGGACUCAGUGGAUGUCCACGAAGUGUUACUGGAAUCCCUGGGCUCCCACACCCCUCAGAAACUCCUGCCCCCCGAUAAACCUGCAGACAGUGGCUAUGAAACAGAGAACCUCGAGUCUCCUGAGUGGACCCUGCACCCUGCCCCUGAGGGCCCUGCAGGCUCUGACUCAGCUGCAGCAGGGGACAGCAGCCAGGGCAGUCUGCCUCCCAACCCUGUCAUCGUUGUCUCAGAUGCAGGCGAUGGCCACAGGGGUACCGAAGGACCCCCACAGACCUUCGCACCUGGCUCCCAGAGUUCAUAUCGAGACUCUGCGUAUUUCUCAGACAAUGACUCAGAGCCAGAUAAAAAGCCUGAGGAGGUCCCAGGAAUACCCACCCCAGCCCUGGCCUUGGUAGACAGCCAAUCCCCACAUGAGCCAGUCACCCUAGAGGAAAGCUCUGGUUCCAAAGAUAGUUGCCUGGACACCCAACAGAGCCACCCAGAUCAGAGCCCUGCCUCUGCUCUGCAGAAUCCUAGUCACUUGGAACCACAUGAAACAUCACAGCCUACAUCAGCUGAUGUCGCCAGAGAGACACAUCCCUUGGAUGACAAGGCCGGCAGCCCCUUGAGUUUGUUGGAACUUAGUGGUGAUGACUUGGAGGCACAAGAAGAUCGCCCUUGUACCCUGACCUCCACAGGCACCAACACCAAUGAACUCCAGGCCUACACAAACUCCAUGCUGGAUAAGUCCUUGUCUGGCCAUUCCAGUGAGGGCCCUAAGUUUAAGGAGCCAGACAUCGAGGGGAAAUACUUGGGCAAACUUGGCAUGUCGGGGAUGCUGGACCUCUCUGAGGAUGGGAUGGAUGCCGAUGAAGAAGAUGAGAACAGCGAUGACUCAGAUGAGGACCUACGGGCCUUCAACCUGCACAGUCUCAGCUCUGAGUCUGAAGAUGACACUGAGCACCCUGUGCCCAUCAUCCUCAGCAAUGAGGAUGGCAGGCACUUGCGGAGUUUACUAAAACCCUCGGCCACUGAGGCCCUUCAUCAACUGCCUGCCGACUGGAAGAAGGAAAAGAAGGCAGUGACAUUUUUUGAUGAUGUCACCGUUUACCUGUUUGACCAGGAAACCCCAACCAAAGAGCUGGGCAACUGUGGAGGAGAAGCGCAUGGUCCUGGGCCCAGUAGCCCAGCACCGUCCUCAGGCUCACCUUUCCUGGGCAGGUGCAUGAACUCCGAAAGUUCUACAGAUGAAGAAGGUGGAGGCUUCGAAUGGGACGAUGACUUCUCCCCAGAUCCUUUCAUGUCGAAAACGACAAGCAGUCUCCUCGGUUCCAAGCCUUCUCUUCAGACCUCCAAAUACUUCUCCCCGCCACCACCAGCCCGGAGCACGGAGCAGAGCUGGCCACACGUGUCUCCCUGCUCCAGGUUCUCCAUCUCCCCUGCCAACAUUGCCAGCUUCUCUCUCACGCACCUCACGGACUCAGACAUCGAGCAAGGAGGCAGCAGUGAAGAUGGAGAAAAGGAUUAAGCUUCUGAGGACACUCUCCUGGCUGGCUGGAGCAGCCUUCCUGCACAUCAGCCCAAGCCAAGUGAUGACACCCACUCCAUGGUAGCUGGUGUGAGACUGUGAGAUGGCACAGGAGGUGAUGGGGAGCAAGUGGCCUUGCCAGGAAGCUGGCCUCCUCUGCAGCCCACCUGUGUCCCUCCACACUUCAAGUGCUCCCAUGCCGGGCAUCCUGUGGGAGUGGCAGCAUUGCCACACCACUUCUGCCUACCAGUGGGGGGGCCUGUGAACCCCAAGGCAUGGGUCUGUUUCCCUGUUUUGGCAUCCCCCUACCAUGCCUCUGGUCUGGGCAAGAGUACCAUGGAGGGGUGCACCAGGGUAAUGGUCACAAGUGAGCCAUAUUUACUGUUUUUAAGUCACUAAUUGCUCUCUGAUUGCACUGUGGGUUAGUGUUGUAAGAGUCCCCAGUACUGUGCAGCAUCGUAAAUUAUUCAAGGAAAACACUGCAGGUCAAGCUGGUGCUGUCCGCUGGUUUGAUUUUUUUUUUUUUUCCUCCUGUCUUGUUUGCUCUGCAUGGAACUGUAACGCUUCAAUAUUUUGAGUGUCCUGCUGUCUUCAGACUUGUGGGAAUUGUACAUAGGCUCUCUUUCACAAAUAAUACCAAUUCUGGGUGUUAAGAGUUCUGUGUUCUUAGAGGAAAUAUUUUUGAUGAGUCCAUAAAUGCUGCUCUGUUUCAUCAAUACAUAGAACACUUUUGUCUCCUGUAAGGUGGCUUCCCUGAGCAGCUGAGCGUCCUGCAGCAGCCCCUCCCCCGCAACCCGCCCACCCCCACCCCAUGAUUUUAAACCUUUUAGCAGAAAUCUGAACUUUGGUAGAGCACCUGGAACUCAGCUGGGGCUCCUAGUUUCCAGGGCCAUUUUCUGGUGUGGCAGGUGAGGCCAGCCAUAGGCAGUGGGUGGCCACUGCGCCACCUCCUCUCUGAGGAGGCUGGCCUACAGGGCCCUGUGUGCUUCAAGCAAGCAGACCCUCUGGCAGAAUCCCCAUGGACAGCUCUGGGUGCGGAAAGGUGGUUUGUCUACUUUUUGGUGCAGCAAGAGGAGACUAUUUACAGACGUCUGGAGCUGCGUCUUCCUCUCAGAGCCACUCCAGGCCACAGCACCCAGGAGACUGGCAUGCCCUGCAGCUGUGAGAAGGACGAGGGACCCUGCAGAGCCCCAGCAGCCCACACUUAUCUUCCUGGAUGCCCCUCCAUGCCCUGCCUUUCAACAUCAAGCACUGAGCGCACCCUCCCCCCCCCC